GGCUGGAGGAGCUUGGACGUGGAUGGCAGCGGAGCCGUGGUUCGCCGGGUCGCUGGCCCUGGGCCCUGGAGAAGCACCGCCUUCGGAUGAAUUGAGACCCGGGCUGCCGCCCUAUGGAGAGCCCCCGUGGGCGCCCGCCGGUAGAUCCGAGGCCUCGGCGGAGAUGGAGCCCCAGCGGGCUCAGCCCCUGCUGGAAGCCCCAGCCUCUGCGUCCUCCCGGGAGCCACUGGCAGCGGAGCCGGCCCCGGCCCGCCUCCCACUAGACUCCAUGUUUAGCCCCAUCACUGACCAGCUCCGUUACCUGCUCCGGAAGGCGGAUGACUUUCAAAGCUACUUGCUGUACAGCAGGGACCGAGUACAAAAAGAACAGCUAGCCAAGGCCAUGCCCACCUUCUUAACAAUGUGUGAACCUUACUUCCUGUACCUUGAGGCUGCCGCAAGGAGCGUUCCUCCCAUCUACGGAGCCCUGCAGGAGCUGGUCCGGAAGGGGCUGUUGGAGAUCUCCCAGCAGCUGAGCCUGCGCUUGGAACAGUUGGUUCUCAUGUAUGCGUCCUUUGGGUUCGUGGACCUGGAGGAAACUAACCCUUUAAGCAUCUCCUGCUUCUUCUGCGGGAGGUUCUCCAUUAGCCCUUCCCACGAGGUGUCCGUCUUCCGAUACUGCACCCCGGCUGCGUACACCGCCUGUCACUUCCCGAGAUACCUCUACAAGAAGAUGCGCUGGAACCUGGAAACCACCUCAGAGGCCAGCAGCCAAGGACCAGACGCCCGUGUGGACUACUACUUCUUGUGUUACCGAGAUACUUGGGAGGAUGCAGGUCAGGGACCAGCCAAUUCAUGCCCCCAGAUCCAGAAACUCUGGUCCAUUGGCAGAUGGAUGCCCCUAGGACCAGCAGAGGAUGACCUGGAUUCAUGGAUUUUGUGCCCACAGCCACCCGGGGACUACCAGCAGCUACUAACCAUCGGCUUCGAGGAGCCAUCGCACGUGCUGGCUACCGACCUGCUGGUGCAGAUCCUUAUGGGCCAGGUAGGCCCCGCCCGGCCCCCUAGCGCUGCCGGGCCCGCGACUUGGGCCGCCCCGGCAUCCUGAGUCCCAGCAGAAGGCACCAGCGGGAGCCUGAGGACCCCAAACUCCAGGCAGGAACAGAGGUGGGCUGCACUGAGCACGCCCCGGCAUGGGCCACGGAACACACUAAGUGCGGACACACUUUUCUGUUAAUAAAAGAGCGAGGUCAGAGGUUCUUGUGUCUCCAGCGAGCACCGCGUCCCUCCCCUGGGGGCGGGUAGGCCCCGCCCACCGCAGGGCCUUCUGGGAAGUGUAGUCUGCAGACCUCGGAGAGAGCGCUGCGCACGCGCCAACGCGCGCAUGAGUCAGAGAGGGAAGUAGCGGCUCUCGUCAGCAACCGGAACCCAGAAAACAAGUUUCUGGUAGCAGGAAAAUUCUAGGCCCACUGGAGGAAGACUGAGACCCACGCCCGGUAUUA